UCGCUGGCAGGUGCUUCAAGCCGGCCUCCCAACGCGCCUGCGGGCUCCUUCCGCAAAGUUUGCGGGUGGCAGGAGGAGGAGGGAGCCGCGGCGGGACUGCAGUAGCCGGGCUGGAGAUGCCGCUGAGCAGCCUCCUGCCAGCGGCGGGGCUGCGGCAGCGCCGCUGAACCCGCGCUGGCCGCCCGCCCGCUCGCCGGGCCCCUCUUCCUCCGGGGACUGAAGGGACCGACCCAGCCGCUCCGCGCCCCUGCGGGGCGGGCUCGCUUCUUCCCGGGCUCCGGAUCCGGCUCCUCAGAGAUCCUGUCCUUUGCUGCCACGGGGCUGCGGCGUACAGCCGUGCCCGCUCCCAGCUCCGCCGCUGCCGUCCGGCCCCCCGCGCCAGCCGGGCGGGUCGGUGCCCGCUGCCCCCGCAGCCCCCACGGCUGCAUGACCGCCGCGGUCUCCGCACGUCUGGAUUCGGUGGAGUCCUGGGCCUUCCAUGCGCUGCUGGUGCUGCCCUAUAUGUUUUACGUGGGCUUGUUCUUUGUCAAUGUGCUGAUCCUGUACUAUGCCUUCCUGAUGGAGUACAUCGUCCUCAAUGUGGGCAUCGUUUUCCUGCCCGAGGAUAUGGACCAGGCUCUGGUGGAUCUGGGGAUGCUCUCCGACCCUGGCUCCGUGCUCUACGAGACGGACAGCGAGCUGGAUGUCUUUGACGGGUACUUGGAGUGACGCCCCAGGGCGCUCCAAAGCGACUGAGCUCCGCCGCCGCCUGGCCCGGGGCAGGGGCCCGCCGUGCCCUCAUGGCCGCAGCUCGGGGACCGCCGCCCCGGGCUGCCCUCGCUGCGUCGCGGCUCCUUCUGCAACAUCUUCCCUUCAAAUGACACCCGCCCCGCCGGUGCAGGGGCUACAGGGGCAGCCGGGAGCCGCUGCCGCCGGGCAGGCCCGCGGAGACGCAGCAGAGGGCUCGCAGGGAAAUUCAUUAAACACCUGAAAUGGAUUAUGACCAGGCUAAUGGAUCAAGUCCAGGGAAGAAACUGUGCUCUGAAAUGUAGAGAUGAAAAAAAGGACAAGAGAACAAGAAGAGUUGUCAUCAGACCUUGUCAGUUGUGACUUCUCUUCAUGGACUUUGCCUCUUGUGUGUGCACUUACUGCAGUGAUUCAUGCACCAUGCUGGGCUUCCAUAGGUAAUUCUGGGAUAGACUGUAUGAAAAAAUAAGAUAAUCUAUGUUCCAAUGUAACAGAAAAUCAAGAUGUUACCCAGAUUUGAUAAACUUUUGAAUUAAUACCAUGUCACCCAAAUGGACACAUUCUACAUAUAGCUUCAGCCAGUUUUACAAUCACAUGUUGAAAAUUCUACCAGCCAGUAGUUUAAAAGCAGUGCUUUCUCAGGGGAAAAUAUGCAGGAGUGACUGAAGGAGGUUCUGUUCAGGGAGUAUAAUGGCAAGAACUGUGCUAGUAAGAUAUUUUAUUUAAAAUGAGAGUUUUGAAAUAGAUCAGAGAGUGAAUUUUAUAUAAGUCAGGUGGAAUCAUUAUUUAACACAGGAUACUUUGCAGAUUGUUUAAGCUCACAUUCCUAUGUACAGAUGUGAAAGCAAUACAAUAAAGACUGAUCUUUUCCAUGAAAAAUUAA